CUUUUGUUCACUGGAUGUUGCAUGAUUGAAAACUGAGUUUCAAAUGUGUAGUUUUGUGUUGUGAAAUAGUUCAAUGCUAUGACAACAAAUACUAAACGUACGGUGUAUGUUGGUGGUUUGGCAGAAGAAGUUGAUGAGAAAGUUCUGCAUGCAGCAUUCAUUCCAUUUGGUGAUAUAGUUGACAUUCAGAUACCUCUUGAUUAUGAAACUGAAAAACAUAGAGGUUUUGCAUUUGUUGAAUUUGAGGCAGCCGAAGAUGCAGCAGCUGCUAUUGAUAACAUGAAUGAUUCAGAACUUUUUGGAAGAACCAUUAGAGUAAAUUUGGCAAAACCUCAGAAGAUUAAAGAAGGCUCAUCAAAACCCGUUUGGGCAGAUGAUUCUUGGCUUCAAGAACAUGCUGGUGCAACAUUAAAGAAAGCUGAUAAUGCAACCAAGAGAUCUGCUAGUGGAGAAACAACUGAGGAUGAACCUGAAACAAAGAAAGUUAAGAAAAAUCCACAAGUAUAUUUUGAUAUCAAAAUAGGAAAAGUUGAUGUUGGUCGCAUAAUAAUGAUGCUCAGAAGUGACAUAGUUCCCAAAACUGCAGAAAAUUUUAGAUGUCUUUGUACACAUGAAAAAGGUUUUGGUUAUCAAGGAAGUACCUUUCAUCGAAUAAUACCUGAUUUUAUGUGCCAAGGAGGAGAUUUCACUAACCAUAAUGGCACAGGGGGUAGAUCUAUAUAUGGAAGUAAAUUUGAAGAUGAGAAUUUUACUCUCAAGCACACUGGACCUGGAACACUUUCCAUGGCCAAUUCUGGUCCUAAUACUAAUGGAUCACAGUUCUUUCUGUGCACUGCCAGGACUGAUUGGCUAGAUGGGAAGCAUGUUGUAUUUGGCCAUGUUAUUAGUGGUCUAGAUGUCCUAAAGAAAAUGGAGAAAUGUGGGACAAAAGCGGGCACACCAACAGAAAAAGUGACAAUUGCAGCAUGUGGGGAACUUGUUUAAUUUUAUCUACAGUUCUAUGUAUGGGGACAUCCACCGCAUGAACAUGUGUCCCUUGAAAUCUGCUGGGCAGUACAAAUUAAUUAUAAUUGUGCAACUGUGAA